AUGGGAGCCUCCACACCCCCUGGAAUUGGUGAAGAACAAGUGGAGGGGUCGGCCCCUCCACCAUAUUCGUUGGUUGCCGACGGUGGACUUGUGGCAGAAUCGGGGAACGUCCAAGGGGACGGCCGGAUUGAUGUGAACCUGGAAUCCAAGAUCGCGAGAACCCUCGCCAAAAUCAUCGACUUGCAGCAAGAAGACAUCCAGAAUCCACCUCCCGACUAUAUUGACCCUACCAAGAAAGUGACGUCAUGCGAAUUUAAUCUCAGCAUUGUCAUCCAAAUCGUCGGAAGUCGUGGGGAUGUGCAGCCUUUCAUCGCGCUCGGAAAUGCGUUACAAAAGCAUGGUCAUCGGGUCCGAAUUGCCACACAUGAUGUCUUUGCAGACUUCGUACACGAGUCAGGAUUAGAGUUCUUUCCCAUUGGCGGAGACCCUGCAGAGUUGAUGGCAUUCAUGGUCAAGAAUCCCGGUUUGAUUCCACAAAUGAAGACACUCCGCGCAGGGGAGGUGCAAAGAAAACAGGCUAUGGUAGCGACGAUGCUCGAUGGAUGCUGGAGAUCCUGCAUUGAAGAUGACCCAGUCACGAAACAGCCAUUUGUUGCAGAUGCCAUAAUUGCCAAUCCCCCUAGCUUUGCGCACGUUCACUGUGCGCAGGCUCUAGGCAUUCCAGUCCAUUUGAUGUUUACAAUGCCAUGGAGCAGUACCAAGGCGUUUCCACAUCCUCUCGCCAAUCUAAAUCCGUCUUCUAUGGAUCCUCGGACUGCAAAUUGGGUUUCUUAUGGAGUUGUUGAGUGGUUAACAUGGCAAGGGCUCGGAGAUGUGAUCAAUCGAUGGCGGGUCUCAAUAGACUUGGAGCCCGUUCCCGCAACAGAAGGGCCUUCCCUCACCGAGACAUUGAAGAUACCCUACACAUAUUGUUGGUCUCCUGCCCUUGUGCCGAAACCACGGGACUGGCCAGGUCACAUUGAUGUCUGCGGAUUUUUCUUUAGAGAUCCCCCAUCAUAUUCCCCACCCUCGGACCUAAGGGAGUUCCUGCAAGCUGGCCCCCCUCCCGUCUAUAUCGGCUUCGGCAGUAUUGUGGUUGAUGACCCUCAAAAGCUAAUAGACACCGUUGUCAUUUCGGUGGUAAGGGCAGGUGUACGUGCAAUCAUUUCAAAGGGUUGGAGUGGGCUAGUUGCAAGUCGAAACUCGAAUAUCUAUUAUAUUGACGACUGUCCACAUGAGUGGCUCUUUCAACAAGUCGCUGCAGUGGUUCAUCACGGAGGCGCAGGAACUACUGCUUGUGGUCUCCAAAAUGGGCGACCGACAGCUAUCGUGCCUUUUUUCGGCGACCAACCCUUCUGGGGCAAUAUGGUUGCUAGAGCCGGCGCUGGACCCAAACCUAUUCCAUUUUCAUCUCUCAAUUUUCAGACGCUGACAGCUGCUAUCCAAUUUUGCCUCACCCCAGAGGCAACAGAAGCCGCACGUAAGUUGGCCGUCAAAAUGCAGACCGAAUCGGGUGUAACGGCAGCUGUGGAAUCAUUCCAUCGAAAUCUCCCCGUGGACAAAAUGAGAUGUAGUUUGAUGCCCAACCAGGUUGCAGUCUGGAGAUACAAGAAAGGCAAAACCAACGUGAACCUAUCAAAUGCAGCCGUGCAGAUCUUGAUUGAACACCAAAAGAUAGAUGAAAAACGUCUUCAGUUCCACCUUAUCAAUCCAAUCAUCAUUGAACAUCGCCGCUGGGAUCCUCUAACUGGAAUGUUGGCUGCAGCUACCAAAACCGGGUCAAGUAUGCUCGGCUCGACCGCUGAUAUGAUUUACAACCCAUACAAGGAAUACAAACGCGGUCGUUCUCCAAACACAUCAGCGAGGGCCUUGCAAGCCCCAGCGCAUCCUGGCAGCCCGCUUUCACGGGAACCCUCGUCAACAAGGAUAUCUGCUGCCGAUGAAACAAGUUCACAUAAUUGUCGGACACCAUCCGUUGGACCUGGGUCCGAAAAUGGACCCGACGAAAGCAGAAAUGGGUUUUUGGUCGCAGGCAGCAUGCUAGGCGCUACAAUGAAAGGCUUUGGCAAAUUCACCGGAUCAUACUUCAAAGGGGUGAUAGUUGACAUUCCACAUGCCACCGCAGAAGGAUUCCGACAGGUUCCUCGGCUGUAUGGGGAAAAGCCCAAGGAUUACGGCGGGGUUCAGGAUUGGAAAUCCGGUGCUAUCGUUGGUGGCAGGAAUUUCGUGGAUGGCAUGACUGAUGGAUUCACCGGUCUCUAUAUGCAACCUAUCAAUGGGGCGAAAGAGGAGGGCGCUUUGGGUGCGGUCAAGGGUUUUGCCAAGGGCACUAUUGGGCUUGCCACGAAGGUCCCCUCCGCCGGGCUCGGACUGGUGGCUUAUCCUUUCCAAGGAAUUACUAAAAGUAUUGAGGCAGCUUUCCGUACACAAAGUCGCAAGGCCAUUGUGAGUGCACGGCUAAAGGAUGGGUAUUAUGAAGCAAGCAGGAUGCAGAUGACUGAUGAAGAGCGGCGCGAGAUUCUGCACUCAUUUGAUCGAUUCUUUUACUCACCGGAUACAUGA